UUACUUUCUAGAAGUGGAUUGCUAAAGAAACUCGUUGCUGAUUCCUCAAAUGAGGAUGGAACAAGUUGUGUUCUGCAACUUCACGACGUGCCGGGUGGAGAUGAAACAUUUGAUCUUGUAGCCAAGUUUUGCUAUGGCGUAAAAAUUGAACUCACAGCCUUAAAUGUGGUGAGUCUAAGAUGUGCAGCAGAGCAUCUACAAAUGAAUGAAAAUUACGGCGAAGGGAAUCUAAUUUCCCUCACAGAGAAUUUCCUGAAUGAAGUUCUCAGUAGCUGGUCAGACUCCAUAAAAGCUCUUCUAACAUGUGAGCAAGUUAAGUCCUAUGCAGAGGAACUUCGCAUUGUUUCAAGAUGCAUCGAUUCCUUGACAAUGAAGGCAUGUUCUGACCCAAACAUGUUCAAUAGACACGAUUGCUCGCACUCGCAGAGCCCUGCAGCUGACCCUGCCUUAUGUAAUGGAAUAUCUCCAGAUGCGAAAUCGCAGCUGCAAGGUGAUGAUUGGUGGUAUGAGGAUUUAUCCUUCUUUAGCUUACCUAUCUAUAAAAGGCUUAUUUUGUCCAUUGAAGCUAAAGGUAUGAAACCUGAGAAUGUUGCUGCAUCCCUCUUACAUUAUGUUAGAAAGUUCAUCCCAUACAUGAAUAAGCAAUCAAGCUUCAAUGACAAAAGUAAUGUGAGCCGAGCAUCAACCCCAAGUAGAACUUCUGAAGCAAAUCAUAAGGCAUUGUUAGAAGAAAUUGUGGGUUUGCUUCCUAACAAGAAAGGGGUGAUACCCUCCAAGUAUCUGGUUAGGUUGCUCCGAACCGCAAUUAUACUACAUGCAAGUCCUUCUUGCAUAGAAAAUCUUGAGAAGAGGAUUGGAGCACAACUUGACCAAGUUGAGCUUGUGGAUCUUCUAAUCCCAAACAUGGGGUACUCGGUUGAGACACUCUAUGAUAUAGAAUGCAUUCAGAGGAUCACUGAUCAUUUUAUGUCCAUAUACCUUGCAACAACUGCAUCAACCACUCCAUGUGUAAUUGAAGAGAGGCCUUUGAUCACUGGAGCUGAUGCACUCACACCUAUGACAAUGGUGGCGAAUUUGGUUGAUGCUUAUCUUGCUGAGGUGGCUCUAGAUGUUAAUUUGAAGUUGCCAAAGUUCCAGUCACUUGCUUCUGCAAUUCCAGAUUAUGCUAGGCCACUGGAUGAUGGUUUGUAUCAUGCAAUAGAUGUGUACCUGAAGGCACAUCCUUGGCUCAUAGAUUCUGAGAGGGAGCAAUUCUGCAGACUCCUGAACUGCCAAAAGCUCUCAUUGGAAGCAAGCACUCAUGCAGCACAAAAUGAAAGAUUACCACUCCGAGUGAUUGUGCAGGUCCUGUUUUUCGAACAGCUUCGCCUCCGAACAUCAAUUUCUAGCUGGUUGUUUGUUUCAGACAAUCUUGAGAACACACAAAAUCCCAGUGGUCAAAUAGACCCUGCACAAGGUGGUGAAAACUUGAGGGAUCGUGUCUCAGAGCUAGAGAAGGAAUGUUCAAGCAUCAGGAAUGAGCUGAAGAAGCUGAUUAAAACAAAGAGAAGUUGGACCAUUUUCCCAAGAUUCUUGUUUAGGAAAAAAUCAUAGUGCUGCAAUUCAUUAGAAUAUCAAAUAGCUGCAAUAUAAGCGCACCAUCUCCUCUAUGAAUGGAAAAUCAAAUAAAUUAAAAUUGUUAAUGUUGACUGAUAAAACUCAUAGCUCAGGACAGGAGAUCUUGUUCACCAACAUUACUUUUA